AGUCGGCAAUUUUAUCAAUAAAUAGUAAAUAAAUGGUUAACAGGCAUAAAUACUACCAGUGAGCUUCGCGAGCGUAGCGAGCGAAGCGACAGGAUGGCAACGAGUUUUCUCGAUUUUCUCUAAAUCGCCGUCCAGCCAACAUCAAACUUCACAUAUCAACUUCGGAAUGUCCAGUUAGUAAUCCCUGACAUUUUUUACCAUUCAACUACCCUACAUUAUCAUUAUAACAACACUUCUUCACAUCUCGUUUAUAACCAGCGGCCAUUGACAAUUCUGCGUGACGUCACAUUCACUGCAGAUCGAAAUACUCGGAACACGGAUUAUCGAAAUGAAAAAGAUCGAAGUAUUCCGAGAAGAUGGCGGAAAAUAUCGAAAACAGCAUCGAAAUGCAAGAUCUUCGAGAAAAGGCGUACCAUAAUGCAUUAGAGGGGCAUAGUUUUAUAAUAACGGGCCAAUGUGGAACCGGGAAAACUUACUUAUUGAGGAGAAUUAUUAAGGAUUUGAAACAGAAGAAAGUCACUGCUGUUACAGCCACCACUGGUAUGGCAAGUCUUCAACUUGGUUGUGAUGCUACCACACUUCAUCAUUGGUCUGGGAUUUAUGAUGGUCGGUACUCCCAUGCUACUCUCGAGGAACUAUUCCAGAAUGAUGACAAUUUUGCAGUGGCAAAAGAAAGGAUUGAACGCACAGAAUGCUUGAUAAUAGAUGAAAUAAGCAUGUUGUCAGCAGCUGUUUUUGACAUGGUGGAAUUUGUCUGUCGCAUUGGGAAGAAAAAUAACAGUGUUUUUGGAGGGAUACAGGUCAUCGGAUGUGGUGAUUUCAAACAAUUACCACCUGUCCCUAAUCGCAGAUAUCAGGAUGACGGACAGUACUGCUUUCAAAGUGUGAACUUCUUUUCAACCUUCCCACAUCAUAUCAAUUUGCAUGAGGUUGUAAGACAAAGUGAGCCUCUAUUGAUUAAAGCUGUGAACGAGCUGUGUGAUGGGGAGCCGUCCGAGGAGACUGUGCAGUUUUUACGAAGUCUUGACAGGUCUAUAGAUGCCCCCGCACAGGAAGUUACCAAACUGUUUGGCACAAACUUUGAUGCAAGCGUGAUCAAUCAGGACACCUUGGAGGAGAUGCCUGGGGCAACAUUCCAUUACAAAGCAACAGAUGAAGGUGAAGUCAGAAUGUUGCGGGAUUGCACAGCACCAAAACACUUAGUAUUGAAAGAGGGUGCCAAAGUUAUUCUUAUAAAGAAUAUUGCAGAAGGACUCUUCAAUGGUAUGAAAGGCAUUGUUCACAAACUACACCCUGAAAAACCUCCAAUCAUCAAUUUUAAUGGGAAGUUGUUCGAAAUACCCAGAGUAAAGUUUGACGUGUUUGAUCCACAGCAACGACGGACAUUAGCCUCAAGAUCCCAGUUUCCUGUCAUACUUGCAUUUGCAUUAACAGUGCACCGUGCGCAGGGGCAAACAUUGGAUUUGGUAGAAGUAGACUGCUACUCUUUUUUUGCUCCAGGUCAGAUGGGGGUUGCAGUUGGCAGAGCAACUAAGAUUAGCGGACUAAGAGUGCUGAACUUCAACUCUACAGCGGCUUUUACCAAACACCCUGAUGAAGUUUUUCAGUUUUAUGAAAGACCUUUUACAGACUUCUCUACGGAUUUGCAUUGUUGUGAAAAAACAAGCAUAACUAAACUAUCCUCUCAGAGUAUAUGUGACGAGCCUUCUACAUCAGGGGAACCCUGCUUGUCUGGAACAAUAUUUGAAUCAAGUGAAGCUUUCCCUCAAAAGGAGUCACCCUGGGAUAUACACAAAUUUCUUACAGAAAACCAGAAAUCUCCAUUCAUAUUGGAAUUCUCAGAUGACUUCUUUCACUCUCUGUCAUUUGAAAGACAUGUGAAAUUUCUAUAUCAUCAAGUAUGUGACAUUUUAAACAAAACCCCGAAAUCACCCCAAGAUUGGACUGUUGCUUAUAGUGAAAUGAACACUUUUCUCUUAAGUGAUAAACAUAGUUCUUCAGUGAAAACAAUGUUUCAGAGAAAUGAACUUACAAAGGAUGAAUUCAAGUUGUCUACAAAAAUUGUGCUUUGGUUCAUGGAUAAAGAAAUAGAAAAGAAAGCAGAAGAUAUUAUUCAGGACCACAUCAAGAAAACAGAAAAGUCGGACAAUUCUUCAGAGUUAUCUGAUGCAGCUCUGGCAAAAUUACGGUACCUUGCUGGAGCCUGUGUUCAAAAGGUUGCCAAACGCAUAAAAGACUCUGUUUUGAGGAAAGUUGGGAAAAGUUCCAAGAGAAGUAGAAUUAUAAGAAAAUUAGAAUAUAGAAAGCAAAUAAUGUUGAAAAACUUUAGGAUAAGGGAAGCUGAUGUUGAUGAAGGGGAGGAGAGCAUGAGAGAGAUUGAACAUAAGCAAGGACCAACCAGGGGACUGACAGUAGUUAGUGAGCCUGUGUUCUCUUUCUUUAAAUCACUCCAUAAGAUUGUGCAAAAGAAAUUGACAAAAGAGCAUUUCCAUCUCUUUCAUGAAGAUUUACAUAAUGUCGUCCGUAGAAGUGUGGAUUCUGAAAUGACUUUAGCAGAUGAGUGGAUUUCUUUGUUUAAUGAUGCAGAGGUUUCACAUGAAGAAGUAGAUGAUGAAAUUUUUAUAACUUUGGUUAUGGAACUCUAUCGUGAUGUUACGGAGCAUUUUAUCAGGAUUUCAUUUGUCGAUGCUCUUAGAAAUUUCAAACGCUCUGUUCCUCGAAAGAAAAAGCAGGCCUUAAGAACAAAAGUUCAAGCCCUGGGUGAGAGGGAAGACCAUAAAAAGAAGAAAGUAGAUGAGAAAGAAGAGGAAGAAGAAGAAGAAACUUUUUCAUGCAAUGUUUGCAAAUGUAACUGUGAGUGGGAACCAACAGAUAUAGGGGAUGAGAGCAUUGCAUGCGACAAAUGCAAUACAUGGUUCCACUAUAAAUGUGUGAAUUUGAAGGGAAAUGAAGCCUUUCUGAAAAAGAAAAGUACAACAUGGUACUGUUCAGGCUGUAGCAAGAAAGGAAAGGGACGCGGGAAACGUUCUUCAAAGAAAUAGGUAAACAUUAACAAUCAUAAUUAUACAAGAUUGACACAAUAUGGUACAGAUUCUUAAUGCAGCCAAGGUAUAUGUAUGUACAAGAGUUAUCUCUCUUUUUCCUUGUCAAUAUUUGUGUACAAGUAAAUUUCAUAACAUGAAAUAUUUUAACACAGUAAUAUAUCACUUGUGUAUAAUUCAGUUGAACGUGUUCUUGUAUUAUUUUUUACAAGUCCACAAGAAAAAAAGUCUUAGAAUUAAAAAAAAAAAUUCUUAACUUGAAAAAUAUAGACAAUUUAUCCCCCACCCAUAACCUUUCUAAAUGCAUAUAUAUGCACACUUUUAUGAGAUAUAUUCACUUUAUAAAGGAGUACGUAAACAAUGAAAAUAUUAUAUAGACUAUUGAUUAAUAUCAUAUGGGCUUUAUCCAC